AUGGUUUCUGACUUUUUCUUCCCAAAUACUGGUGGUGUAGAAAGUCACAUAUACCAACUUUCACAGUGCCUUAUUGAAAGAGGACAUAAAGUGAUUGUUAUAACACAUGCUUAUGGAAAAAGAUGUGGAAUUAGACACAUGACAAAUUACCUGAAAGUUUAUUAUUUACCUUUUAUGCCCUUUUAUAAUCAGUGUAUUCUACCAUGUUUGUACCCAACGUUACCACUAAUAAGAGAUAUAUUGACUUCAUAUGAUUUUAAAGGUACUAUGUCAAGUAGAGUGACUUCAUAUGAUUUUAAAGGUACUAUGUCAAGUAGAGCAUUUUCCACUCUAGGACAUGAUGCAAUGUUCCAUGCAAGACUGAUGGGUAUAAAGACAGUAUUCACAGAUCAUUCAUUAUUUGGUUUUGCUGAUGCCAGUUCUAUACUUACUAAUAAGAUACUAAGGAUUGUACUAUCAGGUGUGAAUCACGUCAUUUGUGUAUCCCAUACAAGCAAAGAAAACACUGUUUUAAGAGCUAGCAUAAACCCAUCCAUGGUGUCUGUUAUUUCCAAUGCAGUAGAUGCGACUAUUUUCACACCAGAUGUUACAAAGCGAAGUCAGAUAAAAGUGAGUAGUACUGUUGUUAUUGUGAUUGUAAGUCGUCUAGUGUACAGAAAAGGAAUGGAUUUAUUGGCCGGGAUCAUUCCAGAAAUAUGCUCAAUGCACCCUGAUGUUGAUUUCCUAAUAGGUGGAGAUGGUCCAAAGAGAAUAUUAUUGGAGGAAAUAAGAGAGAAAUAUCAACUACAUGAACGGGUUACAUUUCUAGGUGCAGUAGAACAUAGUGAUGUCCGAAAUGUUUUAAAUCGAGGUGAUAUCUUUAUCAACACAUCAUUAACAGAAGCUUUCUGCAUUGCUAUUGUAGAGGCAGCCUGCUGUGGACUUCAGGUUGUUAGUACUAAAGUUGGUGGUUUACCUGAAGUACUGCCAGAAGAGCUUAUAUUACUUGCAGAACCAACAGUGCAAGAUUUAGUGUACUCAUUGAACAAAGCCAUAACAAAAAAGAGGACUGGAAAGAUGUUGCAUCCUGAUGUUGUACACAGUCAAGUUAAACAAUUUUAUACAUGGCAGAAUGUAGCAUACAGAACAGAAAAGGUAUACAACAGAAUAAUAGAAGACAGAGUUCCAGAUACAGCUGAGAAAAUAUUUUGUUAUUAUAAAGUUGGACCUGUUGCUGGUAAAAUUGGAGUAUUCCUAGCAAUUCUUAAUUAUCUGUUGUUAUGUGUACUUGAAUGGCUACGACCACGAAAGCAUAUUGACUUGACAGAAAGUGGUAUAUAUAGAAGGUCUGUAUGGAAAUCAUCGGAAUCUGAAAAUGUUACCAGUUGAACCAGAAUAUGAAAUUACAUUGUUUAGAUUUGAAAUACUGUCAUGUAGUUUUUGGAGUACUUUAACGAUCAUUUUAUUAUUAUACAUCUACUCAGUCUCUCUAUAGUGGGACUGUAAUGGACACCGUAGAAGCCGCAUCUCUAAUAGAAGUCUCACCCAUUCUUUUUGAAUAAUUCAUCAUUUCUCAUAUUUAUAGAUGCUCUAAUAGAAGCCGCAUCCCCUCUGUUGCAUUUUACUAUUUUAAUAGAAGCUGCGGCUUCUAAUACAGAUAUUACAGUACACAAAUUUACAUAUCUGC